CACUACAUCGGUAUCGAUGUCGGGACGGGCUCAGCACGAGCCUGCAUCAUAGACGCAACUGGCGAGAUCAAGGCUCUCGCAUCUGAGAACAUCAAGCUCUGGCAGCCCGCAUCCGGCUACGGCGGCUCACACUAUGCAUGUCACCCCUUCCCCCUUCCUUCGGCCAGGUACGUCAAGAAGCCGGCCACUAACAUCCUACGACAGGAACAAUCCACCACGGACAUCUGGCGGGCCAUAUGCGCCUGCGUGCGGCAAGUCGUAGCCGAGUCGCGCGCCGAGCCCGCCACGAUCAAGGGGAUCGGGUUCGACGCGACGUGCUCGCUGGCCGUCUUCACGCACGACACGGACGAGCCCGUACCCGUGACGGGACCGGAUUUUACCAACCACAGCGGCGAUGACCGCAACGUCAUCCUCUGGCUCGACCACCGGCCCCUGGCCGAGACGGAGCGCAUCAACGCCACGGGCCACAAGCUUUUGCGCUAUCUGGGCGGCAAGAUGAACGUCGAGAUGGAGAUCCCCAAAGUCCUCUGGCUCAAGAACAACAUGCCGCCCGAGCUGUUCGCCCGCUGCAAGUUCUACGACCUGGCCGACGCCCUGACCCACAUGGCGACGGGGAGCGAGACGCGCAGCUUUUGCAGCGCCGUUUGCAAGCAGGGGUACGUGCCCGUCGGCGUUGACGGGAGCGUAAAAGGCUGGCAGGAGGAUUUCCUCAGCGAGAUUGGGCUGGGUGAUUUGGUCGAGGAUGGCUUUAAGCGGAUGGGAGGAGUCAACGGGGUGAAUGGAAGGUUCCUGAGCGCCGGCGAGCUCGUCGGUGGCUUGUGCGAGAAGGCGGCCAAGGACUUUGGGCUCCCACCGGGCAUUGCUGUCGGCAGCGGUGUCAUCGAUGCGUAUGCCGGCUGGAUUGGAACGGUUGGCGCCAAGGUCAGGCUGAGCAAAGACCAUCUCGACGAGACUGUUGCUGCGAACGAUGUAUCACAGGCCUUCACCCGGCUCGCUUCGGUUGCUGGAACCUCAACCUGCCAUCUGGCCAUGUCCCGAGAGCCCGUCUUCGUGCCGGGAGUAUGGGGACCUUACCGAGAUGUUUUGAUCCCUGACUUCUGGAUGGCCGAAGGCGGCCAGUCGGCAACCGGCGAGCUUAUGCGCCACAUGCUGGAGACGCACGCAGCAUACGACCAGACGCUGAAGGAGGCGCAGGCCGCGGGUAAGAGCAUUUACGAGUUCCUGAACGACCACCUCAGGUACCUCGCCGAGAAAGAAAAGGCGCCGUCCAUUUCCUACCUCGUCCGGCACUUCUUCUUCUACGGCGAUCUUUGGGGCAACCGCUCGCCCAUUGCCGACCCCAACAUGCGCGGAGCAAUCAUCGGUCUGAGCAGCGACAAGAGCAAGGACGGCAUGGCGCUGUUGUACUACUCGACCAUGGAGUUCAUUGCGCUCCAGACGCGACAGAUUGUCGAGACCAUGAACAAGUCCGGACACGGCAUCCUGAGCAUCUUCAUGUCGGGCAGCCAGUGCCAGAACGAGAUUCUCAUGGAUCUCAUUGCUACGGCGUGCGACAUGCCCGUGCUAAUUCCCCGGUACGUCAACGCGGCUGUUGUGCAUGGCGCGGCGAUGCUGGGCGCCAAAGCGGCCAGCGCCAAGGAUGACGGGACCACAGAGCCGCUGUGGGAUAUCAUGGACCGGAUGAGCAAACCAGGCAAGGUGGUGUGGUCUCGUGGAGAUCCGGCAGAGAAGAAGCUGCUCGAUGCCAAGUACGAGAUAUUCCUAGAACAAUGCCGGACGCAGCAGGAGUACAGGAGAAAGAUCGACGAUGCUUUGAGGGGGUCUUACUCUACUGCUACAGAGACGGCAGCCACGAUGUCUCUUUUCAUGGGCAAAGGAACGCCCGCGACGGCAACGGCAACAGGGAGCUUGGGCGGUUCAACACUUUUUGGCGCGAGCACUUCUGGAGCGGCCCCAGGAGGAAGCACGGCCGGCAACAGCAUCUUCGGAUCGACAACAACAGGCAAUUCGCUCUUUGGCAAGCCGGCAGGCGGCGCAUCGACAACUCCCACUACCCAGCAGCAACAGCCUGCGACGGGCUUUGGGUCUUCCCUGUUCGGAGCUUCGACGACCACACCGAAACAGUCGCUUUUCGGGGGACCCGCAGGAAACACCCCGUCUCUGUUCUCAAAUGCGCCCGCCCCGACGCAAGCACCGGGGGCAUCCCUCCUGUCCUCUACCCUCGGCGGCACCCAGAAUGGCCAGCAACAACAGCAAGCCCCGCCGUCCGGCGCCCUCUUCGACAGCCUGCUGGCAAAGAACAAGAAAGAAGCCGAAGGCGAAGGCGCCCUGGGCGAGCUCCCCUCGCUGCAGCUUGGCCUAGGCGACCUUCGCCAGCGACUCAAGAAGCUGGGCCCUUCCCAGGACCGACCCCUCGAGCACGGCAAGGCGCACUACUUUCUGGCCGCGUCGGGUGUGGACCCGGGCGCGGCGGUACGCGAUCUCGGCGCCUUUGGCCUGCAAGCGCGUGCCGAGCGGGGCGCUGCACCGGGCACUGUCGGCUUCGGCGUCGGCGCGGGCGAGGUGGACGUCGAGACAUAUCUCUCCAACCUGCAGACCAAGACCACUCUGAGUAUGAUUGCAGAUGGGCUGGAGCGGUCGGUGAGGGACUUCGAUGCGUUUCUGGAGGAGAACGUAACCAUGGAGUGGGAAGAACAGAGGAAGAGAAUCUAUCAGCAUUUUGGCAUCAAGCCGAGGGAGGAUGCUGGCGCUCGUGGCGCUCCUGCCGCUGCCUCUUCCCGCGCGUCAACGCCGGCCAAGGAGGGCCAGGGCACCUUCGGCAGGUCAAAGCGUAAGGCCAGCCAGGCUGCCACCGGGGAGCGCGCGUCGCAGAGGAUGAGCGCCUGGGGCCGGUCGGCUCUGCAGAGGUCCGUCAUUGGCACGCCGACCAGGAUUGGGCCCCACGCGCCUGAGUUCGCAGACGUGGAGGUUCGCAAAGACGCAGCUGGCUCACCGAAUGGUGCGCCAUCGAUGGACGAUAGGUUUCAGCGCGAGAAGCAAAGCAAGUUGGCCGAGAAGAUUCACGAGUUCAACAAUGCUCGGCAGAAGGGGCUUCCCUUUUACCUGUGCCGCGACAUGGCCGAGCUGGAGUCCAAGUCCGGAGGUCGCCAUGCGGACUACAUCGUUCACGCUUACCAGGCGAUUAUGGAGAUUGUUGGCGAAGACCCAGGCAGCGAGAGUGCGCCCCGGGAGCGACAGUUUGCCAAGUUGUACCUGGAUCCCAACGCACAGUCCGCCAACGCGAUAGCGAUGCGGAAGCAAAUCCUGAAGGGGGCCAAUUCAUUCUUGGAGAAGCAGUUUAUGAAUGAGCUUCAGUCUUUCAUCGAUAAGCACCCGCAAGAUGCCAACCCGGGAGGACUGCCCGACGUGGUCAACAAAGUCAAGGCCUUCAUCCGGCUCCGCGAAGCGCGAAAGAUGCUAGUCCCCGACAACGUAGAGCUGCAACAGGUAAAUGGCGAGUACGUCUGGGCCAUUGUGUUUUAUCUACUGCGCGGGGGUCAUGUGAGCGAGGCGGCGCAGUAUGUCAACAGCCUCCCGCAACAGUUCCAGGCGAUUGACCGGACGUUCCCCGGUUACAUCAACAGCUACGCUGCGAGCGAGGACCGCCGGCUCAAGAGGCAGAUGCAGGACCGCUGCGCGAGCGAGUAUUUACAGCGGAUGCGCAACGCUCCAGAGGGAGCAAUCGACCCCUUCCGCAUGGCAUGCUACAAGAUCAUUGGCCGCUGCGACCUGAGCAAUCGGAGUUUGGACCGAAUCCCGAUGUUUGUCAAUGACUGGAUCUGGCUGCAGUUCACCCUGGCGCGGGAGACGGACCGGUCGCUGGAGCUGGCCGGCGAGUCGUAUGGCCUCAGCGAGGUCCAAGCGAGCAUCCGUGAGAUCGGCCUCAAGCACUUUCCCAAAUCCCCGACUGAGGGUGACGACCCCAACUUUGGCAUGUUCUUUUAUCUGCAGGUGCUCUCGGGGAUGUUUGAGCAAGCGAUUGCCUACCUGUACCCCUUUUCCUACGUCGACGCAGUUCACUUCGCCAUCACGCUCACAUACUACGGCCUGCUGCGCCCUGCAGACGCGCAGUCGGCCGCUAACGAGCUGCUGUCGCACAACACGCGCAGCCAGCCACAGAUCAACUUUGGCCGCAUGCUCGGCUACUACACGCGCGACUUCCGAGCCGCGAACCCAGCCGCGGCUGUGGACUACCUGGUGCUCAUCUGCCUGAACGCGGACGAGUGGGGCUCGCAGCAGCAAGCAGCGCUCUGCCACGAGGCCCUGCGCGAGCUGGUGCUCGAGUCGCGCGAGUUCAGCAGGCUGAUCGGCGACAUCAGACCCGACGGCCAGCGCAUCAAGGGUGUCAUCGAGCAGCGCGGCCCGCUCAUUUCGCUGGGCCAGGAGGAAGAGUUUAUCCGAACCAUCACCCUGCAGGCAGCCAGCUUCGCCGACGACAACGGGCGCACGACGGAUGCGGUGCUGCUGUUCCACUUGGCCGGGGACUACGAUAUGGUCGUGUCGAUUGUCAGCCGGGCCCUUAGCGAGGCCGUCUCGCUCGAGAUUGGCGAGGAUCCCAUGAAGUUGGUCCCGGUGAAGCCACGGGGUGAGGGCACUCAGCCGCCUGCGGGCCAGGGCGGCAGCAGCCUGAGCGUGGCCGCCAUCGAUGACCCCGUGGAGCUGGCUAAGACGAUGAUGAGCAUGUACGAGAGGGAUCACAUGUUCCGGCAGAGGAUCCGCGACUCCAACCGGAUAGCGUGCGCGGUGCUGCUGCAGAUGAGCGAGAUCAAGAGCCUGGUCGAGGCCGGCAAGUGGCCGCAGUGCUUGGACAAAAUCCGGGCGUUGGAGAUCCUGCCACUGACGGCGCGCGGCGACCAGAGCGUGAUCCGCACCUACGCGGCGCGCUUCUCAAGCCUGCCGCAGCCCGUGGCCAUCAACGUGCCCAACCUGUUGCUGUGGACCAUCAUCUGCUGCACCAAGCAACGCGAGCGCUUGAUGAAUGGCCAGUUCAGCGGCAACGAGUCGACAGCAAGGCUGAUGAUCGAGGAGCUCAAGCAGAUGAGUGUCGACCUCACGGCCUAUACCAGCCAGCUGCGGUAUCGGCUGCCGCCGCAUUUGCACGAGGCCUUGGCGAGAGCAUCAGCGGAUUGA